AUGAAACGUUUUGGAGGUGGCAAGAAAGGUGAAAAAAAGGUGAUAAAGGCCAAUAGGUCAAUAAGGGCAGACUGGAAAGAAGGCAUGAAGAAAAAGCAAGUAGGCAUGUCUGACAUGACUUUGUUAACGAAAAUUACAAAUGAAGCCAUUAAUGAUAACUUGGAAUUACGUUGGAAGAAUGGAGAUAUAUACACUUAUAUUGGACAUGUGCUCAUCAGUGUAAAUCCUUUCAAAGAUUUGGGAAUUUAUACAGAUGAAGUGUUGGAAAGUUAUAAAGGGAAAAACUUGUUGGAGGUUACACCACAUGUGUUUGCUAUUGCUGAAUCUGCAUAUCAUCAUAUGAACAGUUAUAAAGAAAAUCAAUGUAUUAUUAUUAGUGGUGAAUCAGGUGCAGGUAAAACUGAAGCUGCCAAGAGAAUUAUGCAAUAUGUGGCUGCUGUAUCAGAAGGCAAAAGUGCAGCUAUCCAAGAAAUUAAAGACAUGGUCUUGGCUACUAAUCCUUUAUUGGAAAGUUUUGGUUGUGCAAAGACCCUUAGGAAUAACAAUUCUAGUCGACAUGGUAAAUAUUUAGAAAUUCAAUUUAGUUUACAAGGCGAACCUGUAGGUGCAAUUAUUACAAAUUAUUUGUUAGAAAAGAAUCGUGUAGUGGGACAAAUAGAGAAUGAAAGAAAUUUCCACAUCUUUUAUCAACUUACAAAAGCUGCUCCAUUGGAAUAUCAACAACAAUUUGGUAUUCAAGGACCUGAAAGCUUUUUAUAUACAAGCCGUAGCAACUGUUUAGAAGUUGAAGGUAUUAAUGAUGCCAAUGAUUUUCAAGAUACCUUAAAAGCUAUGGAUGUGAUUGGCUUACAAAAAACUGAACAAAAUGAUAUUUUCAAAAUGUUAUCUGUUAUUUUAUGGCUUGGAAAUAUUAUAUUUACAGAAAAUGAACAAGGUCAUGCAAUGGUUACUGAUCCAGAUGUUGUUAAUUUUAUUGCAUACCUUACUCAGGUUGAAUAUGAGGAUUUAAAUAAGGCAUUAACCGUUCGUAUUAUGGAAACACAACAUGGUGGACGUAGAGGAAGUGUCUACGAAGUACCUUUGAAUAUCACACAAGCAUCCUCAGUUCGAGAUGCACUUGCUAAAUCUAUUUAUGAACGUCUCUUUGAAUGGAUCGUUGCACGAAUCAAUGUUUCACUUCAGGCUCGUGCUGCUGUUCAAUACACAAUGGGCGUACUUGAUAUUUACGGUUUUGAAAUCUUUGAUAAUAAUAGUUUUGAACAACUCUGUAUCAACUAUGUGAAUGAAAAAUUGCAACAGAUUUUUAUUGAAUUAACAUUGAAAGCAGAACAAGAGGAAUAUGUAAGGGAACGUAUUGAAUGGACACCUAUCAAGUUUUUUGACAAUAAAGUAGUAUGUGACUUGAUCGAAGCUAAACGCCCACCUGGUAUCUUUGCUGCCUUAAAUGAUGCGUGUGCUACUGCUCAUGCUGAUCCUGAGGCAGCUGAUAAUUCAUUUGUACAACGUCUUGGAUUUUUAGCCUCUAAUCCACAUUUUGAAGUGCGUGGAUCUCAAUUUUUAGUACGUCAUUAUGCAGGUGAUGUCUAUUAUAGUAUUGCAGGUAUUACGGAUAAGAACAAGGACGCUUUACUUAAGGAUUUAUUGGAUCUUACUGCAAGCUCUAAAGACCCCUUUAUUUCAACUACUUUGUUCCCCGAGCGUAUUGAUCCUAAUUCAAAAAAGAGACCCCCUACUGCCAGUGAUAAAAUAAAACAAUCGUGUAAUGCACUUGUUGAUAAACUCAUGAUGUGUCAUCCCAGCUAUAUUCGAACCAUUAAACCAAAUGAUAACCGAAGUUCAACUGAAUAUGAUUCAAAACGUGUUUUACAUCAAAUCAAAUAUUUAGGUCUUUGUGAAAAUAUUCGUGUUCGUAGAGCUGGUUUUGCUUAUAGAACAGACUUUGAUAAAUUUAUGGAAAGAUUCUAUUUACUUAGUCCUGUAACAGGAUAUGCUGGCGACUAUAUAUGGCAAGGUGAUGCUCGUAGUGGUUGCUUGGAAAUUCUAAAACAUAAUAAUAUACCAGCUGAUGAAUGGCAAAUGGGUACAACAAAAGUAUUUAUCAAGCAUCCAGAGACAAUUUUUGCAUUGGAAGGAUUAAGAGAUAAAUAUUGGCAUAACAUGGCCAUACGUAUUCAGCGUGCCUGGAGAGCCCAUGUCCGAUACAAAAAUGAAUGUGCAGCCAAAAUUCAAAGAUUCUGGAGACAAAAUAAAUAUAAUAUUGGUUAUCUUCAGCUUCGAGAUUAUGGACACCAAUUAUUAGGAGGUCAAAAAGAACGUCGACGUUUUUCAUUAUUAAGUCAACGUAUGUUUUUAGGUGAUUAUCUCGAUAUAAAAAACAGCUCUGGAUUAGCUACAAUGAUACGUAAUGCCAUCAACUUAAAGCCUGGAGAAGAAGUUUUGUUUAGUAUGAAAGGCAGUAUGCUUGUGCCAAGACCUAUGCGAUCUAGCAUUCCUAGUCCUAGAACAUUUGUAUUGACAAAUCAAAAUUUCCAUAUUGUGGUAGCUACUAAAAAUGGAAAAACAAUUCAAAUGGUCGAUGAAAAGGUGCUGUCUCUCAAUAUCAUUAGAAGCGUAAGCUUAUCUACAUUACGUGAUGAUUGGGUUGUCCUUCAUCUUGACUCCUCACCCGAUGGCAGUGAUUGUAUUAUUUCAUGUAUUUUCAAGACAGAACUUAUUGCAAGAUUAUCACAAAUUACAAAUGGUCGUAUUAAAGUGAAUAUCACACCGCAAAUCCAAUACAAGAAGAAAGGUGGAAAGACAGUAACUAUGAAAUUCAUUAAGGACGAUAAGGUUCCUCGAGAUGAUACUUAUAAAAGUCAUGUUGUUCAUGUACCUUCUGGAGAGCCUCCUUCUAGUCAAACUCGUCCAUCUGUUGCUAGAAAGUCAAAGCUGAAUCCAAAAGCUAAUACAAAACGACAGACUCCUAAAACAACGAUGAAACAAUCUACAACUGUUAGACCACCUGUAGCUAAUUCUAAUGGAUCAGUUAAUAUUUAUCCUAAUUCAGUUGACACUACUGCUGCACCCAUCGCUGCUCAAACAAUGAACUCUAAUAUCAACAAUAAUAGACAAGCAGCCCCAACUUCUCCUCAAAUCUCAUCCCUUUCUUCUUCUCCUCCUCCCCCUCCCCCUGCUGUUACUGCAACAAUAACUUCUAUACCAAUGUAUAAAGCCAUAUAUCCAUUUAAUUCGCAGCAAGUUGGUGAACUCUCAUUCGAAAAAGAUGCAAUCAUGGAAAUUAUUGAAAAGGAUGAAAAUGGUUGGUGGUUGGCUAAAAUGAAUGGUGUUGAAGGUUGGGUUCCUAGUAAUUAUCUUGAAGAAUAUGUACCUCCUAAACCUUCUCCUCCUCCUCCUCCUCCAGUUAGAAGAAGAGCACCUCCCCCUAUUCCUCAACAGCAACAGCAACAGCAACAGCAACAAAUUACACAACUUCAAAAUAAUACACCAAAUUAUUUAAAUCAAUUCAAUAGUAAUCAAACAACAAAUAAUCCAACUGGUGGUGUGCCUUCAUGGAAGAACACAUCUGAAGCUAAGCCAGCUAAUAACAUGCAAUCACCUCUACCUACUAAUAGAAAGCCAGCACCCCCCAUUACAGCACCUAAGCCUUCAGUUAAUAGACCUAGUGUAGCAAAGGCUGAGUCAAUAACUCCUCAAGCACCACCUCGAAGUAAUAAUCCAGCAGCACUUUCUUUAGCAGAUGCUAUAAAAGCUAGAAGACAACAAGCUUUAAAUAGUGAUGAAGAUGAGGAUGAUGAAUGGUAA